AAUGCUAUACCUGUAGUAGGGUUGUGAAUUGGGAUUGUGCUGACGAAAGUUUUGUGAUUACGAACUGCAGCACUGAAAAUUAAGUAUUCGAAUGAUAGAACUAAAAUGUGGAAUUCGAAAUGGACUUAUAUAAUUUUCUCAACAGUAGUAUUUGGAUGUUUAGCACAAGAAGUACAUAGAGCUACAUUGGAGAUAAAUCCAGAAGGAAAAACACACAAUAGGCCUGCUGAGAAAAGUUACGUGAUAACUUGCAUUGGAAAAAGUGACAAACCAGAGCUGUUUACGGAGAUGAAAUGGCUUGGACCAAAAAAUGAUGACCUUGCAAAUUUGAGAACAACGAGAAUUGAAGUAUUAAAACAAGACAGUAGUUCGCUGUACUUAUCUUUUAUUACACCGCAUACUAAUGACAGUGGUACCUAUACAUGCACAGCAGCUUAUGAUAGUUCUGAGAAGCUAGUAGAGUCAAUUCAUGUCACUUUUUAUCAUGAUAUCACUUGGGAUGAUUGCCCAUUAACUCAGGCCUUAAUUUUGGGUGAAGAAGGACAUAUUAAAUGUAAAGUAACUAGUAACCCACCACCUCAGGUUAUGUGGUACAAAAAUAACCUGACUCUAGCAGAGGACCGCUAUAAGCUUGAGAGUGAAGGGAUUAAGAUUGACAGAGUUGAAGAAAUGGACAAAGGAUUGUAUAAAGUGAGAGUUACUGUAACACAGACUGGAGGACUACAGCAAAGAUUCAUAACUGUAGAAGUAUAUGUACCACCAACAAUAAAAGAUCGACCUGACACUACAGAGGCUGUAGAAGAAGAUUCUGCGACAUUAUCAUGUUCAGCUGAUGGAUACCCAGCACCUAUAUUUUCCUGGUUUAACAAGGAAGAUAAAGACAUGGGCAGAGAACAUGGUUAUAUGGUUGACAAGAAUAAAGGCACCUUGACCAUACUGAAAGUUAGAAAAGAGGAUGAAGGGAAAUAUGUGUGCAUGGCAAAAAAUCCUGCAGGUGAUGCCAGAAAGAUCAUAGCACUAAAUGUGAUUGUAAAGCCAAAGAUUGUUACACUAGAAAAUAUCACGGUAGGAAUAUCCAAAACUGCAGUGCUUGAGUGCCGUGCAAGAGGAGAUCCACAGCCACAGAUGACAAUUAGAAAGGAAGGAGUUGAUUCUUCAGUGGUUGAAGGGGUUCAUGCAGUGCAAUUCCCAGAAUUUUCCCUUCUUUGAAAUCACAGUGAGACAGGAUAUAUCAACUUUUUGACAGUAUAAUGGUUGCAAGACAAUUGUCAGAAGUAUUAUAAAAUGUUUAUGACUUUGUAAGAAGUCUGGGCCAAUCCAAUAUGUUCAAAAGCAGAAGUAUCCUACAGAAACUAUUUGGAUUGCUGCUCUUAGAAUACAGUUGGAUAGAAUUUGCUGGCUUAUUUACAAUACAA